AUGAAGCUCCCUCCGAUUGCCACGGCGUGUCUGUCCGCGCUCGCCAUAGAUUCCUGCAGCAACAUCAUUGCGCAACGCCUCAAAGCAUGGAACGAAUCCAAGCCCUUCGUCUUCGACCGUGUCCUCUUCACGCAAUUCGCCAUCAUGGUCGUCCUGACCGCGCCGGUAAACUACCAUUGGCAGAACUGGCUUGAACGCGCAUUCCCCGGGUGGACGACCACGACGCACACGAGACCUGUUGGAGAGAGCGAAGAGGAAAAGGGCAUAAUGCUCAAGGAGGAUGGAGAGGCCAGGGGAUAUGUCGAGGAAGAGGUGAGAGUGAGAAACUGGUGGAACAUCUUCAAGAAGUGGUUUACCGAUUGUAUCACCAUGGGCGCGUUGCUGAACCAGUCCAUGUUCCUCAUAUUGAUUGGUAUUAUGAAGGGGAAGACGAUGGGAAUGAUCGUCCAGGACUUUCGCCAUGAGCUUUUCGGCCUCAUCUUCGAUUCAUACAAAGUCUGGCCGAUUGCCAACUUCUUCAGUACAACGCUUGUCCCGGUCGAGCGCCGCAUCAUCUUCCUGAGCUUCUGUGGUCUACUGUGGAAUAUCUACCUAUCGCUGGUGGCAGCCCGACUCUAG